GUUUGAUCAGCAGAAAUGGCCAAGAAAGCUCCUUGCAUUGGUAUCGAUUUGGGUACGACCUACUCGUGCGUUGGUGUUUUCCAGCAUGGAAAGGUUGAAAUCAUUGCAAAUGAUCAGGGAAAUCGCACGACUCCCUCUUACGUUGCAUUUACCGACACUGAACGUCUCAUCGGUGAUGCUGCUAAAAACCAAGUAGCAAUGAAUCCCGUCAACACAGUCUUUGACGCGAAACGUUUGAUUGGCCGUCGAUUUGAUGAUCCCACCGUCCAGAGUGAUAUGAAGCAUUGGCCGUUCAAAGUCGUAAGCGAUGCAGGAAAACCGAAAAUCCAAGUAGAGUACAAAGGCGAAACGAAAACGUUUUCCCCAGAGGAGAUCUCUUCCAUGGUGCUUGUCAAGAUGAAGGAAACAGCUGAAGCUUAUCUGGGGCAAAAAGUCACCGAUGCCGUAAUUACUGUACCUGCAUAUUUCAACGAUUCCCAACGCCAGGCGACAAAGGAUGCAGGAACCAUCUCGGGUUUGAACGUCCUUCGUAUUAUUAAUGAGCCUACAGCUGCUGCGAUUGCUUAUGGUUUGGACAAAAAGGUGACCGGUGAACGCCAUGUCUUGAUCUUUGAUCUUGGUGGCGGUACCUUCGAUGUCUCGAUGCUAACCAUUGAAGAAGGAAUCUUCGAAGUCAAGUCAACUGCUGGUGAUACCCACUUGGGUGGCGAGGAUUUUGACAACCGAAUGGUUAAUCACUUUGUUCAAGAAUUCAACCGCAAACACAAAAAGGAUCUGUCGUCCAACCCACGAGCUCUUCGUCGCCUACGCACUGCUUGCGAGCGAGCCAAGCGAACCUUGUCAUCUUCCAGCCAAGCGUCUAUCGAAAUUGAUUCUCUCUAUGAGGGCAUUGAUUUCUAUACAAGCAUCACCAGGGCCCGCUUUGAAGAGCUGUGCGCCGAUCUUUUCCGCGGUACUUUGGAACCUGUGGAGAAGGCUCUGCGAGACGCUAAAAUGGACAAAGCUCAAAUCCACGAGAUCGUUUUGGUUGGAGGCUCCACGCGUAUUCCUAAGGUUCAAAAAUUGUUGCAAGACUUUUUCAAUGGAAAGGAAUUGAACAAGUCGAUUAAUCCGGACGAAGCCGUUGCGUACGGUGCCGCCGUCCAGGCUGCAAUUCUCCACGGAGACAAGUCAGAGGCGGUCCAAGAUCUGUUGUUGCUAGACGUUGCUCCUCUGUCGCUUGGUAUCGAAACAGCUGGUGGUGUUAUGACUUCCCUUAUCAAACGCAACACGACUAUCCCAACGAAGCAAACGCAAGUUUUUACUACGUACGCUGACAACCAACCCGGCGUCCUGAUCCAGGUGUACGAGGGAGAACGAGCAAUGACUAAAGACAACAAUUUGUUGGGAAAAUUCGAGUUGACCGGCAUUCCUCCUGCACCUCGAGGCGUACCACAAAUCGAAGUUACCUUUGACAUUGAUGCCAACGGCAUUUUGAAUGUUACUGCUGCUGACAAAUCAACCGGCCGAGAGAACAAGAUCACAAUCACUAACGACAAAGGCCGUUUAUCGAAGGAAGAGAUCGAGCGGAUGGUGAACGACGCUGACAAGUAUCGCGAAGAAGAUGAAAAGCAGCGAGAACGUGUGUCGGCAAAGAAUGCUCUGGAAUCAUAUUGCUUUAAUAUGAAACAGACCAUCGAAGACGACAAGGUGAAGGACAAGAUUCCGGAAUCAGACAGGCAAACGGUGUUGGACAAAUGUAGUGAAGCCAUAAAGUGGUUGGAUGCAAACCAACUGGCAGACAAAGAAGAAUUCGAGCAUAAGCUGAAGGAAGUGGAGGGAGUCUGCAAGCCGGUUAUUACCAAGCUGUACGCAGCUGGUGGCGCUGCUCCAGGAGGAAUGCCCGGUGGAAUGCCUGGCGCAGCUGGAGGUGCCUCACGGGGUGGUGCUGGUGGCCCAACUAUCGAGGAAGUUGACUAAGAAGUUGGUUAGUAAACAUUUCAUAUCUAAGAAUAUUUGUUCCGUCUUUAUCACUCAAUACAUGAUCAAAAUGGUAUGUUUAAUGUGUCUUAACCGUUAUAUGCGAGUUGCCUAGUCCGUCGCAAGUUGUUGUGUGUAACAUCAAAUUGUUGCUUGCCUUUAUGUAUUCCUAAUCCAGACGCCGACAAAAUAAAAAUACAGCUGUACGGAUUAAUG